UAAAAGUUGACUUGUUUACAAUUUCAUUUUGACUUUUCUCACAAACCGGUUCAAAGACAAAGAUGGAAGGGCAAUACUCUCGGAGGAGUCCAGCUGUCAAGCGGUUGAUGAAAGAAGCUCAGGAACUGAGUGAUCCUACCGAACAAUGUUACGCACAGCCACUGGAGGACAAUCUGUUUGAGUGGCAUUUCACUGUGCGAGGUCCCCCUGACUCAGAUUUCCAGGGUGGCGUGUAUCACGGCAGGAUCACCCUUCCACCAGACUACCCAAUGAAGCCACCUAGCAUCAUGCUUCUGACACCCACCGGUAGAUUUGAAGUUGGCACCAAGAUUUGCCUGUCGAUAUCCGGUCACCACCCUGAAACUUGGCAACCGUCCUGGAGUAUCCGCACCGUCAUGCUUGCCAUCAUCGGCUUUAUGCCAACGAAAGGAGAGGGGGCCAUAGGCUCACUUGACUACACUCCAGAGGAACGGAAAUUACUGGCCAAGAAAUCCCAAGACUGGACGUGCCCAUCUUGCAAGAAGGCCAACAAGUGUAUCCUCCCCAAGGAGACCUCCUCAGAGAAGUCCAAGGAGAUGCAGCGGGAGGCGGCAAAGCUGGCCUCACAGAUCAGCUUCAAGAAGGAAGAGGACAAGAAGCCCAGCGAGAAUGCCACCAGUAACCCAUCGGCAGCUGCACCACAAGCUCAGGCUAACACCGCCCCACCAGCAAUCAAUCCAGCUCCACCCCCAAAUCCCUUCGCUGCGUUCAACCCAGCAGCUCUGGGCAUGCACUUUCAGCCUAGCAUGUUCCCAGGCUACCCGCCAAACUUCAUGAAUAUGAACCAGCAGCUAUUGGCCAAUCAGAAUGCCGCCAACCCAGCAGCGGCAACUCAAGGGACCAAUCAGACACCUCCAAAUGCCAGCCAAUCUCCAGCUGGCCAAUCGCAGAGCAGCCAGGCAGCAACAAGCCAAUCACCAAGCACUGAUCCCCAAGCAACUGGUACCACUACCAUCCAACCAGGUGGGACCACCACCCCCGAAUUGAGACAGCGUGUGACAGCAGCAGCAGCCGCCCCUGGUGGGGACCAGACGACACAACCCAGGACAGGCCCCCAGAGAAACCAGACACUAAAUGAGGACAACUCUGGAGGGAGGUGGGCUCUGGUCAUGAUGGUGGUCAUCACCAUCAUCAUGCUGUUUCUGCUUGGAAGGAGACUUUUUAUCACUUACGAGUACAAAUUUCAAUCUGGAGGUCUCUGAAAUCACCAAACUGACCCAAAGUUCCCACGGCGUAAUCCCUCCCUUGCAUACAACGACUAUGCAACACAGCACAGGAUCAGCACUGUCCCUCUGAGGUACAGUGAUCACAUGCUGAGCUCUAUGUUCACAGGCUGUUGACUUCAUUAACAAGUCUUGAAGACACCUGACAAAAAAAUCUUAUGGUAAAAGGGACAUUUAAAACCUUAGUUCAAGUGGCUUAAGUCAAGUUAUACUUGUGGUGUUUAAAAGUCUGACAAGUUAAAAACAGAACGGGGUUGAAAAUCAAAAGCAAAGAUCACUGCAAAUCAGGCAUGCCAUUUUCAUUAAUGUUACCAGAUUUAGGUGAAGAUACCUGUAGUAAAUCAGCUGAUUUGGGGACCACUUUCAUUUGAAUAAAGCCAACAAGUUGGGCAGUUAUAAAGUUUUUCCUUUGGCAGGCAUUGACACUGAUUGACUGAAAUGUUGGUGAACAUUAAUGUAUUUCAAGCAUUCCAGUUGACAGAUUUUUCUAACCUUUACGGGAAACAAGAAAAAGCAUUUAUGCAAACCAUUUGGGUGGAAGGUAUAUUUGCAUAAUGAUUGCUAUCAUAUUUUAGUGUUCUUGCAUUUUGUUGUAUUUAUUGUAGACUGAAUAAAAUCAAAGUAGUUCAUUUCCCGAGUUCCCUGAGACUGGCAUAUGUCACCAGGUACUUUUCAAAUGACGUGAGAGACAUUAAAUGCAGUCUAGAGCUGCCUAUUUACAGUUCUUUGCAAAAUGUAAGUAUUCAAAGCACAUCUUUUUUCAGGGAGUUGGCAGUGUCUUUGCAUUGAAGAAUUAUUCGCCUUCCAGUGAUUUAAUAUGUCGUCAAUUUAUUUACUCAUAACACUUGUCAUGUUAAAAUAAGGCCUGUCCCCUUGUUUUAGUGAUUUACAAUUAACAGUGGAAAAAAUGCCUUGUUAGAAAUCCAAACUCUUAUUUAUUUGCUAUAUGAAUUCACUUUAUUUUACUCUACUUAAAAUUGAACAAAGUAGGUCACCCUCUUGUAACAGUGAACAAUGCAUAAAGUGGACAUUUUUUAUUGCAUUGUUAAUUUAUCGAGUUCAGUUUUAAUCAAAUAAAUAAGAACAAUAUACGGUCAACAGUCCUCCGAAGUUUUUUUCUCAAAAGUUGUUUCCUUGUUUAAAAUGCGAGUAACGCGCAUCGAUCAUGAGUUCCUAUGGGGCCAGAAAACACUUUUUUCCGACAGAAAGACCUGUUGAAAUAAUUCCUCUAAUUUUUUAUUUUGUGUGCGUGUGUGUGUGGGUUUUUUGCACUGCUGUUUUUUUUUUUGGGGGGGGGAUACAAACAAACACAUCAAAUAUGCAAGGAUCAAGAGUUUGGAGUGAGAAACAAAACAGCCAUGGGGGUUUACGUCUUGUCACGUGACCUCAAACCACCCCACCUGUGAUUUCUGCUUCAGAAUAAAAAAUGUGAGAGAGUUAUAUCCUCCUGAUAUGUCAACAGCAUGAACAAUGAAAAGGUUUAUUAGAUCUAAACGACCUGAACCCCCCCC